AUGUCCCGCUCUUCCUCUUCCGAACGUGAUGCACAACUCUUGGACGUCGGGAAGCAGUGCUCGGCGGCGUCAUGCUUGACGGUGGAUUUUUUGCCGUUUCGAUGCCAGCAUUGCAACCUAUCCUUCUGCGGAGAGCACUACGUUCCAGAGCUGCACAACUGCAGCAAGUACGACGCCAGCAAGUAUAACCGCAUAGCACCGUCAUGCCCCCUGUGCAACACGCCUGUCGCAGUACCACCUGGACAAGAUCCUAACAUACGCAUGGAGGCCCACAUCAGUUCUGAGUGCUCAGUCAUGACCGGCAAGUCCCAGAAGAAGUCGACACCUGUAUGUGCGCGGGCGAAGUGCGGGAAGGUGCUCUUUGCACCCAUACGCUGUGAUAAAUGCAACCAGCAGUUCUGUCCGCAACACCGUUUCUCCGCCACCCAUGCGUGCGUGCCAACCGGCUCGAAGGCGGGUGGAUCUGCUGCAUCAAGGCCGUUUGCAGACAUCCAAGCGCGCACAGCAACAGCUAGCUCUGCCGCCGUCAGCGCCAUUCAGCGCGCCAUGGCGUCAACGACGUCAACGUCCUCAUCUUCAUUUCCUACCGCCGUUGACUUGGCGCGUCCUCCACCACUGGCGAAGUCCUCAUCUUCGUCAUCCUCGGCUUCGAGUAUGCCCAACCCGUUCUCGCAAACUGAUCGGUAA